AAAAUAUCCUUACGCACUAUCUAGCUACUUUAUAUAAAUCAUAAUGGCCAAAUUCUUACUGUUAAACUUUUGUUAUCAGAGAAAAAAGAAAUGAAAAAGUAAUCAUAAUGAAUUCAAAGUUUUUUGAAGAAAAGUACUUAGACUAUGUAUUAGUUCCUUCUGGAUUAAUAUUGCUUGGUAUAUACCAUUUAUGGCUUCUGCACAUCAUUAUUCACCAUCCUACAAGAUCUGUUAUUGGCCUUAAUUCUAUAAGCCGCCAUCGAUGGGUUCUUUAUAUUAUGAGGGAUCCAGCAAAGAAUGGUAUUUUGGGAGUACAAACGAUUCGAAACAACCUAAUGGCGUCGACACUUCUAGCAACAAUUGCAAUAACUCUGAGUUCGUUGAUCAGUGCUAUUGUGAGCAGCUCAAGUAAUCUGAACUACACAAUACACACAACUAAAUAUUUAUCAGUUUUAAUAUGCUUUCUUGUAGCAUUUUUCUGCAAUAUGCAGACAACCAGAUACUAUGCCCAUAUUAGUUUCUUGCUUAAUGUACCAUCACCCUCAACCGAAGGAAGGGAAGAGUUUAUUGAAUAUGUCUCCGAACAAUUGAAUCGUGGCUGCCUGUAUUGGUCUUUGGGAUUGCGAGCAUUCUACUUUGCUUUUCCUCUUCUGCUCUGGAUCUUCGGCGCCAUUGCAAUGUUUGCUUGUAGCUGUUUGAUGGCAAUUCUGCUUUAUUUCUUGGAUACUGCUAGUUCUUGCCCGAAGUAUAUUAACAAUAGUAACGCGAACAAGGGUACACAUAAAUCGGAUGUUGAAUCAAUGGGAACAGAUUGGUCAGGAAACUCUAACCUCCAUUGCUCGCUACUAGGAAACAACAAGCCACAUUCUACAAGUACUGAUAAUUUGUUCACUUCCGCGAGAUAGUACAUACCUUGAAUGCAGCCUGCAUAAGCAGUCUCCUGCGAAAAAUUGGAAGGAGCAUAACAAGUAAUCUUUAGCUUUGACUAGUAGUUUUAAUUAAUUUAACAAUUAGCUCAGAGUCUCAGAGUAUUAUGGUUAUGUACUUAUGUUUAUAGACCAUAAUGCUCCGUAGUCUUCUGUAUUGAAUGCAUAAAGAGAGCCAUUGAUGGUAUUGUUGUUUGUUCUCA